AUGGACGAUGAUAGUAUCCGUGCAACAAACACAAACGAAUCCAAUCAACCGUUUAUAAAAUGGCAGGAGACGACACUCAUACAAGGAAUUAUCUCGACUUAUUACAAAAGCAACGGCAGCAGCAAUUCUAUCGUGACACCCCAACCACUCAUUCAGCAAGAUUUCCUGCGAAGCGGCAAUAAUUUCUACGUUAAUGAUAAUUCGUUGAACGGCACCGACACAAGUAAUUGGUUCAAUUCAGACGCUUUAUUGAUCCUCUUUGUCUUGUAUGCGAUUGUCAUUUUUGGCGGGAUUUUCGGAAAUGCCUCGCUCGUUAUCUCGAUUUGUGCCCAAAAGUCGGGACGCCUGAGGAAACCGCUGCUCUUCGCAUUAUGUGUCGCCGAUUUGUUGGUCGUGGGAGUCUCGGCUCCGCUAAGUAUCGUUUUGCUGUCACUGACAUACGAUCCGUGGCCCCUUCAAGUUGUGGGAUGCAAGGCAAUACAUUAUUUACGGUCUUUGCCGGUAGCAGCAAGUACCAUUUGCCUCCUCAUGCUAUCUCUUGAUCGAUACUCGACGGUGCGGCAUCCGCGUCUCUCGCAACUCGGUCAACGUCGUUACCUGCCAAUAAUUUUAGCAAUAAGUGCAUGGAUUAGUGCAUCGAUAAUUUGUAUUCCAAUCUUACUGGCGUACGGAACAACGUCUAAGAACAGCGUCACGACAUCGACAAUUUGUAGUGCGGAUUAUGGGUCACGUGACUUGCAUAUCGGAUUUAUUUUGGUUCACACGUUGCUGGUUUUUGUCGUGCCGGGCUUUGGCGUUCUCAUGAAUCACUUGGGUGUGCGGAAGAAGUUGUGUGCGUUGUCGUUGACAGCGAGAGCGGCACACGGGGAACUACCACUGCCAAUGCCCAUUUUGAGGCGACCUACGCACAUGAUUAUUGUCACGGGAAUGGCAAAUGCUGCACGUGCUGCCGGAGUUGAAAGUUCGGACGAUGAGUUGGGCGAUGGAGCGAAUAAUGCCACGGGUACGGGCGAGAGGAAACUUAUUUCAACGAGACUUAGACAGGUGCCUCGAACUCCAAGAUCAAUUAGACGUGCGCAAGAGACAAACAACGGAUCGUCACGUGCAAAAGUGGAAAAGCCAUCAAGUGACUUGCCGCUUCCUCAAACCUCAACGUUGCGUUCCCGUCGACGUCUCGCCAACAUUCUCGUCGCUGCCGCAAUAAUUUUUCUCCUCUUUUGGAUUCCGCACGUUUUGUGUCUGCUGUGCUUCGAGCUGGGCGGCACGCGUGUUUGCACCAAAAGUGUCGCCGAAUUCAGUCUUUUACUCGGAUACGCGCACUCCGCCAUCAGUCCAAUCAUGUACUGGACCCUGAAUCAUAACUCGCUGAGACAAUCAUGUUGCGCUCCGUGCUCCCGAAUGACGUCGGCGCCGCGCGUUCUCCGGUCUCAUUUGCGAUUCCGAACGCCCCCGCCGCCACCAAGUAGCACAAAUGAAGCGGCUUUGGGCCCCUUUAAUCCGCGUUAUAUCAAGGCACGUCCUCAAAAUAUGUACCGUCCUCCAGCGUCAUCGCAUUACUUGUACUAA